AUGUACGCACGCCGACGGUUCGCGUCGAUCCUCUGCAGUCGCGUCCACUCUUCGCCCCGUCUGUCGUCGCGACUCCCUCCGGCUCCCGCAGCUUCCAGUCUAUCCACCACAUGCUCUGCAUCAGACGCUCUCGACGAGCGCAUUAUCUCGUUGCUAGUCGUAAAUCGACCCGGCACCUUGGCCCACAUCGCCAAGGUCUUUGCGUACGCGGAGAAGAACAUCACGAGUCUCUGCGUCCGCUCGACGGUCGUGCCCGAGCUCUCGCGCGUCACGAUCGCGUGUUUCCUGCACGACAACGAGCUGCCUGCGCUCAAGGCGCGACUGGGCGCUCUCGUGACCGUCACGUUUUUCCACAUUCGACGGACAUCACGGCACCAGUGCCAGCUGCAGAAAGUGCUGCACGCGUUCCACGCUGAACUGAUUGUUCCAGAGGACGAACCGGAUGCAGAAAAGGACGAAUCGCUCCUGGCCAUGGAUUACGAUAAUGAUGAUGAUGAUGAUGACGAGGAGGAGCAAGAUGGUAAUCAUGAUGGAGAUCAUGAGGAGAUCAAUGAUGGCAGGGCGGAAGCUUUGACGACGCAGUUUUUGGCUCUUGUGGAUGAGCCGGAACGACUGACGCUGUUCAUUGAGACGCUACUGGACAACGGGUUCGAGAUCCUCGAGACGCAGACGUGUGGUCCGCUGUUUCUCGAUACGUCGCACUCGACGUUGGAUCCAGAAAGCGUGACUUCGUUCCGACGUAAAGUCGCUCUGGAAGUGGAAAAGCUGCUGUCGGAUGCAGCGACGAAUGGAGACGCGACGUCGAGAGGCUUUGCAACGACAGGGCGAAUGGUUCAAGCUGGGAGAGGUAAUGGAAGCGAAGACACUGCGCUGAUGCUUCGACGUUCGAACGGGGAUUAUAACGACAUUGAACUACACACAAAUGAACGGGGCUGCUUCACUGCGAACCGGUUGGAACUGCAUGCUCGUAUUGCACAGCAGCUGUACGCUUCUGUGCCGCAGGACGUGGCUGUUCCCAAAUUCGUGCUGUUGUUGGGGAUCCCCGGCGCGGGCAAGUCGACCAUGCUGAGCCAUCUGGACCUUGUAGGCCAGCUCACACUGCAAGAUUAUGCAAACUUUGACAUUGACGAUGUCAUUGCGCUGUUGCCAGAGUUCUACCACGCGAUGCUGAACGUGGGUCUGGGCAAUGACCCAGCAAGUCGCAGUGUGACCAACGUGGAUGCUGCUAAAGUGCACUCAAAGAGAGUUGCGAAACUGUUACCAAAGCCGCAGACACGAUACCAGCUUUGCCGAGACGAGGCCCGCUUCAUUAUCAAGAAGAACCUCGACAGCGCUAUCAUGUCACGCAAGAACAUUCUUCUGCACGGCAGUGGCAAAAGCCUUGCCAGUUAUACUCGCACGGUUGAUCAAGUGAAAGCAGCAGGUUUUGACGUGCACGUGAUAUGUCUAGACAUUCCAACAGCAGAAGCUUACAAGCGGGUGGAUAGACGCAGUAGAGGCUAUGGGCGUGACGUGCCUCGACUUGUGAUUGACACGGCGUCGUCAUUGAUCGCGCAGAAUUUCCGUCGACUAGCGGAUCGUGUGCCAAACGCCCAUCUCUUUGACAGUAUGGAGAUUCCACCUCGACUCGUAUGGAGCAAGCAGCAGUCGGAGACUGUUACUGAACAUCCAGACGAUGAUGUGCAGCGAAAGUAUGGCAUCAAGUAG